GACAGUUGUAAUUUUCAGUAUAAAUCAACAAAAUAGUGACAUAGAGAUACACGCAUUACGGUAAGAACAUUUGAGCAGUAGCUGUAUUUGAACACCUUGAAAAAAUAGCUAUACUUUAGGUUUGAAAGAGUGAAAUGGAACCUUAUCAUUGUCAGUCGACAUAAAAAUCUACUAGUAUUGUUUCAGAGACAGGAUGGAUAGUCUAUUUGUUACUGUUCUUUUUUUACUAACUGUUCUACCAGCGAACGUGUCUACAGAAAGCGGUACCGACGUGAAUACACUGUUAACACAAUUAUUUACAACUAAUAAUUACAACAAGAAGAUACGGCCACUGACUGACCAAACACAGGCUGUGCAAAUUAGUAUGGACUUUUUCUUAAACGCUAUAAUUGACUUUGAUGAACAAGACGAAAGUUUGAAGACGUCGGGAUAUCUGAGCUUUAUUUGGAUUGAUGAAUAUUUGGAAUGGGACCCCGCUUUACAUAACAGCCCCACCGAAAUAUUUAUUCCUCAAGACGACAUCUGGAAGCCGGAUGUAUCAUUAAGGAAUGCCUUCAAAUCUUUUACUGGUCUCGGAUCAUCUUAUUUGAAUGUCAGAGUUACCUCAGACGGUUUAGUUUGGUGGAAUCCUUUCCAGGUACUACAAUCGACUUGUGCAGUAGAUAUCACGUACUUUCCAUUCGACAAGCAAAAAUGCGAGUUGAAAUUUACUGCGUGGAGUUAUAGCAAAGCCGAAGUUGAAAUAAACAUGGGCAGUAGAGGGGUAGAACUCGAAGACUAUAUUGAAAAUUCUGCAUGGAAACUUGUUGAUACCUCCGCAAGGGAGACAAAUACGGAAGAAGCAGCCGUUUACUUUACUUUGACUUUGAAACGAAAAUCGGGAUUUUAUAUUAUAAAUGUCAUAAUACCUGUGGUUUUACUUUCUGUUCUCAGUGUGUUUACAUUCAUUUUACCCAUCACAUCAGGGGAAAGAGCAAGCUAUGCGGUAACAGUUUUUCUGGCUUUGGCCGUGUUCUUGACCAUUAUCGCAGACGAAUUGCCAAAAAAUUCUGAAAAUACUUCCAUCCUCGCUAUAUAUCUUAUGCUAGUAAGCAGCUGGAGUACCCUCAUUGUUGUUUUGUGUUUGGUGGAAUCAAGACUUGCAAUUCGAGACGAAAACAGAACACCUAUCAAUUUUGUAUUCAUGGCGUUUGUUAAAGUUGCUGAUUUCUUCACUUGCAAGAAAUGCAAAAAGUCUGUAAGUCCUAAAGAAUUUUCUCCUAAAUCAAGUCUGCGGAAGGGUUUGGAUGUUGAAAAGUCGGUCACCUGGAUACAAGUUGUAAAUUCGAUGGAUUUCAUUUUCUUCUGGACUUCGUUUAUAUUCACAUUUGUGUGUACGGUAAUCCUUGGGGCAUUGGCGGUUAACGGUGCGAAAUAGAACUAGCAAAACAAGUGCCUAGUUGCAAACAAUAAUGACUGGAUAUAGACUACCGAAGAGUUAGUUUUAUGUUGUUUCGAGAUAAGCAUGACCAGCAGGCUGGCAAUAGAGCUUUUAAUAAUGAGAAAAGCAUACAUCACAUCUAUCGCUUACUAAUAAUGAGAAAAACAUACAUCACAUAUAUCGCUUACUAAUAAUGGGAUCAAUCGGGCAAUUUUGCUAAAGUCCACUAACACCAUUAGUGUACAAUUUACUUAUUUCAAUUUUAUCAGCAGUAGUAUACAAAACACGAUAAGUGUCAUAUUAUAUACACUGCAUCUAUAACUACUGUUGUUUUUAGGUACAAGACAUUCAUCGGGGCUUACAGUGUAAAUAUUUAGACGGAAUGAUUUAAGAGAAAUAGCGUAUUCAUGAGUACAUUACCCAAUAUCUUAACAAUGGACUUACUUUCGUUUAUCUCAACAGAAAUCUGUCGAUAUUUUUUUCUGAAUGUCCUACGAACGCGGUUAUUAUUUUGUCUAUUGUUACUUUUGACGCUAUUCGAUUUACCAGUAUCAAAUAACAAAUAUAUCUAUUGAAAAUCGUUUAUUUACGUAGUUUCAUAAUUAUAUGUUAAAGAUGAGAAUAAAGUAUAACUUAACUUAAGAACCUAAUAUAUAUGAAUGAGAUAAAUGAGAAAGAAUAUUUUCAUUGACAUUUGCUUUGCAAUGUGGUCGCUUUCAUAUUUUGGCACAGAUAUUGAUGAAUUUAACAUAAUGAUUUCAGUGAAAUAUAAGCCAUACGUACUUCAGACAAAAAACCGUUACCUAUUCAGUCCAGUAUAGCACGGAUAUCCAUCUCCGUUGCUAGGACGGUAAAAAAGACACACUUCAAACACUUUGACAACAUGAAAUUAUCAAUGGAUUUUCUGAAUUAGGUUUUACAUACAACUAGUAUGACUGUAAAUAUGUUAAAAUGGAUUGCUCUUUUGCUGUUUUCAUUUGGAUAUGAUGUAUAUAGACGUGACAUGAUACGUUGAGGUCAAAGGUCUCCACGCGUACCGUACUUUAAACACAACUAAGCACUUCUCAUACCGAAAUGAAAAUUACUCACAGCGCCACUCAUAGCGUAUUUUUUAUAUAUUGUUUUAUUUUCCUUUUCAUUGAUCCAAUUUUGCAGACAUUUUUUAAAAGGUUUUAGUCUCUAAAAUGAUAUAUUCGUCCACUUACAGCGGCUGGUGGAACAUCAAAUGCUCAAAGGUCAUGUUGCGACGUAUGUGUCUCAUUGGCAACUUCCGAUAAAAUGCACGAGUAUAUGACGAUACAACGCAUGCAUAAGUCAGUCAACACCCAUAUUUUUCAUUUUCAUUUUUCAUACUUUCAUAUCAUUCUGACAUGCGAAGACUUAUAAAAUUGUGUCGAAAAAGUAGACGAUUAUAAAACUAUAAACCUAUUUGUUGCAAACAAAAGCCCUGCCGAAUAUUCAAGAUAUUUUAGUUCAUUCUUAGAUGAGCAAGAAAGACAGAAAUGGAUGUUUAUGUAAAAAUUAUAGACGUCGCUGUACUCACUUUUUUAAUGUAAAUGAAUCUAAUUCAUUUUUAGUACCAUCUUAUUAUAAAGUAAGGUAUUAUCUGUCGUGCAGUUCAACUGUUGUUAUAAGUUAAUAAUAUAAUAAAUGUUUGAAACAGUACUUUGGACAAACACGUCAUCAAUGUUCACAGAACUAAUCCUUGGAAAAGGCUUUUAAAAGAAGGCUUUUGGGUACUGUGACUCCACUAAGAAUGAAUUCAAAAAUUCUGUGUCAGUGCCUUUCAAAAAUACCUGUUAUAUACUUACAUAUCAAUGUUGUGUAUAUUUCUUAAUCCGUUCCCUUAUCAAUUGAAUUUAUACUGCAUUGUUUUCACCAGUAUGCGUGUAUCCUAAUUAUGAUGACCCUGUUUGUGAUAUUUCCUCCAAACUCUUUGUUAAAUUUUGAGUCUGCCGUUUGACGUUAAUGUCAUUUACUUUAUUAUGUUUACUUUUACCCUUAGUAAGGCAAAUGUAACCGAAAACGUUGGUGAAAAAUGAAGCGACUUAAAACUUU